CAUUUUCUGGGGCCUGGCAGGCAAUGCAUUUGCUGGAGGAGAGGGAAUGAGAGGACCUCGGAGAGACCCCCGGCCAGACCCAGGGCAGAACUAGUUUGCCAACACAUCGCAGCCAUCGCAGCUGCAGAUCCAGAAGGAGACGGGCUCAGGGCAGGACAAGCCCCAGCCAGAAGGAGUCUGAGCCAGGCCUCGAUAACAGGAGAGCAGCUGUCGUCUAUUGAGCACCUGCUACAUGCCAGGAGGAGAGCCAGAGAUGGAUGACUAUAUGGAGACGCUGAAGGAUGAGGAGGAUGCCUUGUGGGAGAAUGUGGAGUGCAACCGGCACAUGCUAAGUCGCUACAUCAACCCAGCCAAGCUCACCCCCUACCUGCGCCAGUGUAAGGUCAUUGAUGAGCAAGAUGAAGAUGAAGUGCUUAGUGCUCCCAUGCUGCCAUCCAAGAUCAACCGGGCAGGCCGAUUGUUGGACAUUCUACAUACCAAGGGGCAAAGGGGCUAUGUGGUCUUCUUGGAGAGCCUGGAAUUUUACUACCCAGAAUUGUACAAACUGGUGACUGGGAAGGAGCCCACCCGGAGAUUCUCCACCAUUGUGGUGGAGGAGGGCCACGAGGGCCUCACGCACUUCCUGAUGAACGAGGUCAUCAAGCUGCAGCAGCAGAUGAAGGCCAAGGACCUGCAGCGCUGCGAGCUGCUGGCCAAGUCGCGACAGCUGGAGGAUGAGAAGAAGCAGCUGAUGCUGAUUCGGGUGGAGCUGCAGACCUUCCAGGACCGGUACUACAAGAUGAAGGACGAGCGGGACAGCUACAACGACGAGCUGGUCAAGGUGAAGGACGACAACUACAACCUGGCCAUGCGCUACGCCCAGCUCAGCGAAGAAAAGAACAUGGCGGUCAUGAGGAGCAGAGACCUCCAGCUCGAGAUUGAUCAGCUAAAGCAUCGGUUGAAUAAGAUGGAGGAGGAAUGCAAGCUGGAGCGGAAUCAGUCGCUGAAACUGAAGAACGACAUCGAGAAUCGGCCCAAGAAGGAGCAGGUUCUGGAACUGGAGCGGGAGAAUGAGAUGCUGAAGACCAAAAUCCAGGAGCUGCAGUCCAUCAUACAGGCCGGAAAGCGCAGCCUGCCAGACUCGGACAAGGCCAUCCUGGACAUCCUGGAGCAUGACCGCAAGGAGGCCCUGGAGGACCGACAGGAGCUUGUCAACAAGAUCUACAACCUGCAGGAGGAGGUCCGCCAGGCAGAGGAGCUGCGGGACAAGUACCUGGAGGAGAAGGAAGACCUGGAGCUGAAGUGCUCCACCCUGGGGAAGGACUGCGAAAUGUACAAGCACCGCAUGAACACAGUCAUGCUGCAGCUGGAGGAGGUGGAGCGGGAGCGGGACCAGGCCUUCCAUUCCCGGGACGCAGCGCAGUCUCAGUACUCACAGUGCUUAGUCGAAAAGGAUAAGUAUAGGAAACAGAUCCGCGAGCUGGAGGAGAAGAAUGACGAGAUGAGGAUUGAGAUGGUCCGGCGGGAGGCCUGCAUCGUCAACCUGGAGAGCAAGCUCCGGCGCCUCUCCAAGGACAGCGGCAGCCUUGACCAGAGUCUGCCGAGGAACCUGCCAGUGACCAUCAUCUCUCAGAACUUUGGGGACGCCAGCCCCAGGACCAACGGUCAGGAAGCUGACGAUUCUUCAACCUCAGAGGAGUCACCGGAAGACAGCAGAUACUUCCUGCCCUACCACCCCCCCAAGCGCAGGAUGAAUCUGAAGGGCAUUCAGCUGCAGAGAGCCAAAUCCCCCAUCAGCCUGAAGCGAACAUCAGAUUUUCAAGGGAGGGGACUUGAAGAAGAAGGCAUGGACAUCAGCCCCAGCUCCUCCAGAUCCCUGCCCAUCACCAGCUCGUUCCCCAAGAUGCAGCCCCAUCGGAGCCGUUCCAGCAUCAUGUCGAUCACUGCCGAGCCCCCAGGAAAUGACUCCAUUGUCAGGCGCUAUAAGGAAGAUGCGCCUCAUCGGAGCACGAUUGAAGAAGACAACGACAGCGGUGGAUUUGAUGCCUUAGACCUCGACGAUGACAGUCACGAGCGCUACUCCUUCGGACCCCCGUCCAUCCACUCCUCCUCCUCCUCCCACCAGUCUGAGGGCCUGGACGCCUAUGACCUGGAGCAGGUCAACCUCAUGUUUAGGAAGUUCUCUCUAGAAAGACCCUUCCGGCCGUCUGUCACAUCCGUGGGGCAUGUGCGGGGUCCUGGGCCCUCGGUGCAGCACACCACGCUGAACGGCGACAGUCUCAUCUCCCAGCUCACCCUGCUCGGGGGCAACGCACGCGGGAGCUUCGUCCACUCGGUCAAGCCGGGCUCCCUGGCCGAGAAGGCAGGCCUGCACGAGGGCCAACAGCUGCUGCUGCUAGAAGGCUGCAUCAGAGGCGAGAAGCAGAGUGUCCCCUUGGAUACGUGCACAAAGGAGGAGGCGCACUGGACCAUCCAGAGGUGCAGCGGCCCCGUCACACUGCACUACAAAGUCAAUCAGGAAGGGUACCGGAAGCUGCUGAAGGACAUGGAGGAGGGCCUGAUCACAUCGGGGGAUUCCUUCUACAUCCGGCUGAACCUGAACAUCUCCAGCCAGCUGGACGCCUGCUCCAUGUCCCUGAAGUGCGACGACGUGGUACACGUCCGCGACACCAUGUACCAGGACAGGCAUGAGUGGCUGUGUGCACGGGUUGACCCUUUCACGGACCACGACCUGGACAUGGGCACCAUACCCAGCUACAGCCGAGCCCAGCAGCUCCUCCUGGUCAAGCUGCAGCGCCUGAUGCACAGGGGCAGCCGGGAGGAGGCGGACACAGCCCACCACACCCUGAGGGCUCUCCGGAACACCCUGCAGCCUGAAGAGCCGCUUUCCACCAGUGACCCCCGGGUCAGCCCCCGCCUCUCGCGAGCAAGUUUCCUUUUUGGCCAACUCCUCCAGUUCGUCAGCAGGUCCGAGAACAAGUACAAGCGGAUGAACAGCAAUGAGCGGGUGCGCAUCGUCUCAGGGAGCCCGCUGGGGAGCCUGGCCCGGUCCUCGCUAGACACCACCAAGCUCUUGACCGAGAAGCAGGAAGAGCUGGACCCCGAGAGCGACCUCAGCAAGAACCUCAGCCUGAUCCCCUACAGCCUGGUGCGCGCCUUCUACUGCGAGCGCCGCCGGCCCGUCCUCUUCACGCCCACCAUGCUGGCCAAGGCACUUGUCCAGAAGCUGCUCAACUCGGGGGGCGCGAUGGAGUUCACCAUGUGCAAGCCAGAUGUUGUCACGAGAGACGAGUUCCUCCGGAAGCAGAAGACGGAGACCAUCAUCUACUCCCGAGAGAAGAACCCCAACACUUUUGAAUGCAUUGUUCCCGCCAACAUCGAAGCUGUGGCGGCCAAGAACAAGCAUUGUCUGCUGGAGGCCGGCAUCAGCUGCACCAGGGACUUGAUCAAGUCCAGCAUCUACCCCAUCGUGCUCCUCAUCCGGGUGUCAGAGAAGAACAUCAAGAGGUUCAGGAAGAUGCUGCCCCGGCCCGAGACAGAGGAGGAGUUCCUGCGCCUGUGCCGGCAGAAGGAGAAGGAGCUGGAGGCGCUGCCGUGCCUGUACGCCACGGUGGAGGCCGACAUGUGGGGCAGUGUGGAGGAGCUGCUCCGCGUCAUCAAGGACAAGAUCGCAGAGGAGCAGCGCAAGACCGUCUGGGUGGACGAGGACCAGCUGUGAGGCGUGGGCAGCCCGGAGUCUGAGCGGGCUUGGGAGGGGUGUCCAGACCCCACCGGGCAGUGCCGUGGGGGCGAGGGGCAUUCUGCUGCCCACAGAGCCGCCCCGGCUUGGGGGCUCCAUCUGCCCAGUGUGGAGCACCCCCAG